AUGUUAGUCAAUCGUUUAAUUCAAUCAGUUUUAUUAGCUACACCAAUCCUUUGUUCUGAUGGAUUCUAUAAAUUAGAUUUCGAUGUUAGAAAAGGUUUCAAUUUAACUGAAGUGGUGGAUGAUUUCUUUAAAGGUAUUGGAGAUGCCAUUGGUGAUACUCUUGAAGAUGUUGGAGAUUUACUUGGUAAAAGAGAAAAUGGAUCUCAACAAGUUCCCUUAACUAAUGAAAGAGCCUUUUACAUCACCACAUUGAAAAUUGGUUCAGAUGCAAGUGAUGUUAGAGUUUUGUUAGAUACUGGAUCGGCUGAUCUUUGGGUCAUGUCAAGUAAAAAUUCAUAUUGUACUGAAAAUGGGGGUUCAAUGAAUUGCGAUCAAUAUGGUACUUAUAAUGAAGAUAAUUCUACUACUUUUUCUAAGAACGAUACAGAAUUUUCAAUUCAAUAUUUAGAUCAAACUUUUGCUAAAGGUACUUGGGGACAAGAUACAAUUGAAUUAACUUCAAGUUUGAUCUUGAAAGAAGGUAAUCUUGCAGUUGCUGAUGAAACUGAUUCAAAUGUUGGGGUUUUCGGUAUUGGUUAUAAAUCUUUAGAAAGUGCUCAAGAUAAAUAUGAUAAUAUUCCAAUUCAAAUGAAACAACAAGGUUUUAUUGAAAAGAUCUGUUAUUCAUUAUAUUUAACACCUGCAGAAUCUGAAAAGGGAAGUAUUUUAUUUGGUGGUGUUGAUCAUGCUAAAUAUACUGGAGAAUUGGUUAAAUUUGAUAUUGUUCCAAUUAAUGGAGUUGUUAGACAUUUCCAAAUCCCCUUGAAUGAUUUAACUGUCAAUCUUAUUACUCCUGUUCAAAGUGCAACCACCACCGCUUCUACUUUGGUAUCAAGUCCUUCUCCUCAUCCUACUAUCGCUUUAAUUGAUGAUACUAUAAAUCAAUUAUUUGGUAAAAAUAGUAAAAGAGACGAUAAUGUCAUUACUUUGAAUACUAAUGGUUUAUUUGAUUCUGGUACUACCUUAACUUAUUUACCUCAAGCUGCUGUUGAUUCAUUAAUUAGUAAAAUCGCUCCAGGAGCUUCUUAUAAUUCAAAUCUUGGUGGUUAUCAAGUUCCUUGUAGUUUAAGACAAGAAGGUAAUAGUGUUAGUUAUAAUUUCGAUAACAAAAAAUCCAUCGAAGUUCCAUUAUCUGAUUUGGUUAUGAUUGCUGGAAGAGAUUCUAUGAAUCAACAACAAUGUAUGUUAGGAGUUGUAGCUAAUGAUGAUCAUACCAUCUUGGGUGAUAAUUUCUUAAGAAGUUGUUAUACCUUAUUUGAUUUAGAAGAUAACACAGUUUCAAUUGCUCAAAUGAAAUACAGUGAUGACGAAGAUAUUGAAGUGAUUCAUUAA